UCACACAUAAACCUCAAAUCAUCAAAUACAAUCUUUUCAGCCAUGGCUAAGCUCUUACUCGUUUUCGCAACUCUUGCCCUCUUCGGCCUCUUGGCCAACGCUUCCAUCUACCGCACGAUCGUCGAGUUCGACGAAGAAGAUGACGUCAGCAACCCAAUACGUCCACUACAAGGUAAGUGCCAAAAGGAGUAUAUGCAGCAACAGCAGCUAAGUGCUUGUAGGAAUUGGAUCCAGAAACGAGCUCAACAAGGAAGAAUCGGAUAUGAAGCUGAUGACUUUGAGCUCACUCUUGAUCUUGACGACGAUGAGAACCAAAUACCUCAGCAAAAACCAGCUCUGAAACAAUGUUGUAAUGAGCUACGACAAGUGGACAAGAUGUGUGUGUGUCCUACACUGAGACAGGCGGCUCAACAAGCUAGUUUCCAGGGAAUGCAUGGACCAGGACAGGUGAAACAUAUGUUCCGGAGUGCUAAGAACUUGCCUAAGAUCUGCAACAUCCGUGAAGUUGAAUCGUGCCAGUUCAAGGCAACUCCUUACUAAAGAUCAUGAGGACAAGUUUUUAUAAGGCGUGUGCGUUCACAUGGUGGUUUUGUUAAUGAUAAUAAAAAAGCCUUACUAUUGUGGCGUGUACGUGUUUAUAUCGUAAAAAAUGUUAUGUACUUGUUUGGUUAGAGUUAUAAUGGCAAUAUUACACCUUGUAGUGUAAUGUAAUUUGCCCUACUCCUUCUAAUAAAGAGUUUCUCUUUUGGUAAUGAAAAUCGUUAGCAUCAU